AUGGCCACCUUGAAGGAGAAGAGGACCUGUGGGCAGCGAUGUGAAGACUUUGGCCGUUUUGUCUGGAACUCAGACAAUGGGACAUUUAUGGGGAGGACACCAGUGAGAUGGGUGUACAUCAGCCUGUAUUACGCAGCGUUCUACGUGGUGAUGACGGGCCUCUUUUCUUUGGCCAUUUAUGUGCUCAUGUACACUUUGGAUCCGUACGCACCUGACUACCAAGACCGGCUAAAAUCACCAGGGGUGAUGGUGUGGCCGGACACUUACGGAGAGGAGAAGGUUGAGAUCAACUACAACACAUCAGACAAGGCCAGCUGGAUGAAGAUGACUAACAUCCUUAAUAAGUUCCUGGAGCCCUAUAAUGACACCGCACAACAUGAAUGUAACAACUACAACUGCACCAAGGGAAAGUACUUCAUCCAGAACACCUUCUCUGCCCCUCACCACACAAAGUGGGCAUGUCCCUUCACCAGAAGCAUGCUGGGACCUUGCUCCGGACACGAGGACCCGACCUUUGGCUACAACUGCACCAUGCCUUGUGUCGUCAUUAAGAUGAACAGGAUCAUUAACUUUUUGCCAUCUAAUAGCACCGACCAUCCCCUUUAUGUCAACUGUACGAUACUGGAUGGACAUGAGAAUGUGGCAAAAAUUGAGUAUUUCCCUGACAGAGGUAUUAUGGAUCGCUCCUACUUCCCUUAUUAUGGAAGACUGGCACAGCCUACAUAUGUCAACCCGUUGGUGGCCGUUCGUUUUAACCUGGUGGGAGAGAAGGAAGCCAUGAUCCAGUGCAGAGUGGUCUCCGACAAGAUCAGCUACGAAAACUACCACGACCCCUACGAGGGAAAAGUCGUCUUCACCCUCAAAGCAGUGAAAUGA